UCAUCACUAUAAAUAACUCUAUAAUACAUCCUUGGAACCUCACAAAGCAAUUACUAGUAGUAUCUAAGAUAUAGUACUAUUAUUCUCUUAGAGAAAAUUAAUUAAUUAAAUGGCAUCACUAGUUUCAAGUUGGUCUUCAGAAGUGAAUUCAAUUCCAGAAAAAUAUGUGGUUCCAUUGGAAAAAAGGGUAAUCGCAGAUGUACCAAUUGGUAAACAUAUUCCAAUUAUUGAUUUAACACAACCUUCUUCUCAUUCUAUUCAACAAAUCAUCAAAGCUUCUGCUGAGUUUGGUCUCUUUCAGGUGAUCAACCAUGGAGUUUCACCAACCCUAUUGGCUGAUGCCUUAGCAGUUUGCAAAGAGUUCUUUAAGCUGCCAAUUGAGGACAAAGCAAAAUUUGUUGAGAAAGAUGAGGGCUUAAGUGACUUUGAACCAUCAAUUGACCAAAGACCAAAGCUUUACAUUGAAAAAGAAUACACUCCAAACAAGAAUGGCUCAAACACUAAUAAUAAUGUCAAGGAAACUGUCUUUUGGAAAGACACUUUUGGACAUGGUUGUCAUCCCCUCACUCAAGAUGUCAUCAAUUCUUGGCCUGAAAAACCACAAAAAUAUAGAGAGCUGAUAAGUGAAUAUGCAUUGGAAUUAAGGAAAUUGAGCUUGAGGAUAUUGGAUUUAAUGUGUGAAGGACUUGGGCUUGAAGUUGGGUAUUUCGGCCAAGAACAUAGCCAAACUCAAUUAAUGGUGACCCAUCAUUACCCACAAUGUCCAGACCCAAAUUCAACAAUAGGUAUAGCUGAACAUUGUGAUGGUGCACUUAUCAAUUUGGUCCAACAAGAACUAAGUGGAUUGCAUGUGAGAUCCAAAGAUGGAAAAUGGUUUGGUGUUGAACCAAUUCCUGGUGCACUUGUUGUCAUCAAUGGUUUGAUCUUAAAGGUUGUCAGCAAUGGAAAGCUAUUAGCUGGAGUGCAUAGAGUUGUGACAAAUUCAACUUCUGAUAGAACAUCAGUUGGAAGCUUAAUAAGUCCAAUUGAGUGCAUCAUUGAACCUGCAAAAUUACUUAUAAAUGAGAGCAAUCCACCUUUAUUCAAAUCAUUUUCAUAUACAGAGUAUUUGGGAUAUUAUUUCAGUGACACUACUGAAAUUGAAGCAGCAUUGAAACCAUUCAAGCUCUAGGCUUUGGGGGGGAAAAUGAUCAUCUUUGUGUUUGUUGUAAUUUAAGUUUCUAUAUUUGUGUUAUCUUAUGUCAUAUGAUGUGUUUGGUUGUACUAUUUAGUUACUAUGUUGUAUGGACUUUUCUAAGUUUGAACUUUGAUCAUGCUUGUUUGAA